AUCCGUUUUAGUAUGUUUGGCCCCUGAAGUGUGUCAAGUAUUUUGAGAAGCAGUUAAGGCGUAAUUUCAGUGCAUGAAGCUGUCGAAUGCUUAUACCAUCAGUAAAACUUAAACGCUGUUUAGAAGAAAAUAAUGAAUUGCUUUCAUCUAGAUGAUUUUUUAGCUGGAUGGAUCGGAGGUGCCUCGAGCGUUAUUGUCGGACACCCUCUGGACACGGUAAAAACUCGAUUACAAGCAGGGAAAGGAUACAAGAAUACCCUCCACUGUGUUCUCACAAUCUACAAGAAGGAAACGGUUACAGGUUUCUUUAAAGGACUCUCCUUCCCCUUGGCCAGCAAUACUCUCUAUAACUCUGUGGUGUUUGGAUUCUUCAGCAAUUCUCAACGGUUUAUUUGCAAAUUUCGCUACGGCGACAGGAAUCAUGCAUGUGACAUGCUUGACCUGACUCUGGCCAGCAUGAUGACUGGCUUUGUGUCUGUCGGGCUGGGCGCGCCUGUGGACUUGGUGAAGAUCCGCCUCCAGAUGCAAACUCAGCCUGUUUUCUCAGAGAAUUUCAGCUUUGCUGGGAACGGGAGCAUGCCUCUUCGUAGCGUUGGGCUCCAGGGUCAGUCUCUAUACAGGGGCCCAGUUCACUGCAUUAGUAGCAUCGUGCAGACGGAGGGGAUCCAGGGGCUGUACCGCGGAGCAGGAGCCAUGUUGCUGCGCGACGUCCCCGGCUACGCUCUUUACUUCAUUCCCUAUACGCUGUUCUGUGAUUGGCUUAGCCCUGACGACAGUAGCUCCCCUCAUCCCUGCUCCAUUUGGCUGGCAGGAGGAUUGGCAGGAUCCAUAUCUUGGGUGACGGCAACGCCAGCAGAUGUGGUAAAGAGUCGACUGCAAGCCGACGCCAUGCAUCAGAGGAAAUACAAAGGGAUCGUCCAUUGCAUUGUGCAAAGCUACAAGACAGAGGGCCUGCAUGUUUUCUUCCGGGGUGCCACAGUAAAUGCCAUCCGAGGGUUCCCCAUGAGUGCCACGAUGUUCCUGGGCUAUGAACUUUCUCUGAAGUUCUUUAGGAGUCUGUAACCGGUCAUCCCAGACCAGCCAUCAGCCAUCAGACAUCCACUCACUGACAGAACUUAACCCCCAUGUCUGACUGAGCAUUCCACUCUCCGUAAGCACCAGAGGCCAUGCAGUUUUCAUGAUUGUAAAAUCAUGUAGAAUUUAACUUAUGUGUAAGUGAGUUGAUCAUUAAUGCAGUUUAUGCAAUUUUGAAGCAGUACUAUGGCAUUUGUAUUUCUUAUUUUACUCAUUUCUUAUAUUAAGAAAAGGGAAGAGAUUUACUUUGAUAUACAUGUAUUAUAGUAUUUACCUCACAUAAAACAUUUUAAAAUUUGAGUGUCUUAACGUGUUUAUAUGUAUUGAGUCAAUACUAUACUAAUUGUGUAUUUCACCUGAAGAUAAACAUUUAUAUGCACAUUGUAGCAUGUUUAUGCCAUCAACGCAGCAUUCAAACUGGCUGUUAUUACACAGUUAACAAAUAAUCGGUAAUAUUAUUUGUUAACAUUUAAUUUUUUUUUAUUAACUGGUAACAACCAUUACAUUUUUUUUAUUUAACUGUAAAUCAGCAGUUUUUAUCACAAGCAAGAAAUAAACAGUUUUAAAGCCUUUGAAAA